CUCAAGUAUAUGUUCAAUUUGGAAAGACUAGCUUCAUUUCAGCUACAUUUAUUUAGUGACAAGGCAUACUCUGACACCUUCGAAUACGAAUUGACAAGAAUGUUUGCAAAUUUGAGAAAUGUUCGCCAGCUAUCUUUGCUUUGUCAGAAUAUUCAUUUUAACCAAGUAUUAAAAAAUUUGAAGCCGAAUUCAAUAACCGCAUUCUAUUUGAGAGCAAUUCCAGGAAAACCUAUUAAUCGAGAUUUCUAUGUGAAACAAUUUUUGAGUGGCCAAGCCAAAUCAUUAAAGAAGGUCUUUUUGUCUGGUAAGUUUGAUGGCACCAAGAGGAAAUAUGGACUUGCCGAAUUUGACAAACUUUUCAAAAAAGACAACACCAAUGUGGCUCCAGAAUGUUUAAUUUUUCAAAUCCACAAAACUAGAACAUUGUUACAGACGUUUAAUCAGUUGGAACAGGUUUUAUAUCAGGGACAUUGUUAUUUCAUAGACCGAAUUUCAAGUGAUGAUACCUAUAUCACUCCUUGUGAUAAACUUGUUCCUAUAAGAUUAAACAAAAACCCAAUCUGAGUAUUUAAUAUGAACUUGUACGCCACCUUCUGGGUGAUUCUAAUAAAUAAUCAUGUAUUAUCAAACUAUAUAACUAAAUUCUCAUUAGCAUCAUCAUCAUAAUUAAAAUCCUCCAACGAUUCUUCAUCUCUAUAACUCGUGUUUCCCCUCCCAAUAGUUCUAUUAACGUUAUCUCUAAUGGAAGUGAAUGUGUUUCCCAACCUGCCCCAAAUCGAUGUGCUCUCCGGUGUGAUUAUCGUUCCAUUGAAGUAUGUUUCUUCUUGAUCGAUUCGAUUGUUGAUAUUGUCCACCAACACAUCAUGAAAUUGACGUCUAUUGUUUUCGUAAUUCAUAUCGGCUGCAGAAACAUCUUCAUUUCUCAAAUUGAACGGACGCAAUUGUAAUUCUCGCUUUGACAUUUCUCGGUUGACGAUCCGUUUGGCUUCGACGAUAAUCAAAUCUUGUCGUUUAGCAGGGUCACCUUCCUCAUCGUCGUCAAACAAGGUCCAGGAAUCAUACAAAUCACCAAACCCCAACUUCUUCUUAACUUUAUCAUACACUCUAAACAUAGCAAGUAUUACCGGAAUCAAAACCAAUCGAGGUGUCCAAUUGUUCAACAAGUUGAACAAUCCCGUCAAAUGAAUCGACUCCCCAAACCAUUUUUCAAAAAUUGAUUCCCUUGAAAUAAACAAUGUAAUGAAAUUGUAACUCAAGGGAAUAGUCAAUCUUGCGAUAUACAUAGUAUACCAACAUCCACUAACGGGGUCAGAUUCAUGGGCUACCAAGUGGUACAUAUUAAAAAUCUUCAAGUGAGUUAAUGAAUUCAAGGCACAGAAUAGCAUGUACGAAAACACCAAUGAUGAUAUCACAAACUGGAAGAGGGGAGCGCCGUUUAUCCCGGAUGAAUAUACCAAAUGAUUAAGUAAUGAUAAUUUUGUGGAAUGAAAGAAUUCAGAUUGUAAUAAUAUGAAUGAUGAAAUAGACAAAAACACUGAAGUUAAUCUGUUGACAGUAGGAAGGUAGUAGUACCAAUAGAUAAAGUUCACCUUUGGCGAAAACAAUACUUUAUGGUUAUCAAUCCUAAAUGAUAAUUCUCGAGAUCCUACGGAGUUUAAUGUAUCCUCCAAUCUGAUAAUCCUUCUAAACAAAUUGUUAAAUUCCGCCUGGUAUCCUACUAAUCUAUGCAAAUUCAGAUUGAAGUUCGAAUUCAACUUGGUCAUAAAUGAAUCAUUUAGUUCGCUUCUGGAAAUAUUGAUAUUUUCAUGGAUAAACUGUCUCUCGACAUUCUCUUUAAUAUCACCAGGGAUUGAAUUAUACAACUUCAAUAUCCAGUCGCGGUACUUAAAAUCCUCCAUUGAGUCACUGGUGAAGUUCCGGGUGAGUGACACCACAAUAAGAACUUGCUCUCUAAAUGAAAUCUUGACAUCUUCCAAUUCAUCCACCAAUUUAGGCAAUUUCAAAUACUGAAAGUUUAAAUCUUUUCCGAUAUUCCCCAGAAUCCAUUUGUUUCGAGGUAUGGUGAUCAAUCCAUGGGCCAUUAACCAAAGUGCCAAAAUCAAGGAGUAGACAUGUGACAAUGCAAUAAUCAUCAUUUUCAAAUGGCUGGGUGAAAGCCCCACUUCAACCAUGAGGUACACCACUCCAAGCAAAGACACACCCAACAUCACGGCCUGGAACUUCAAAUUGGCCUUGAUAGAAUCUCUCAACCUGUCCCACGUCUUGUUAUGUCCGGAUCGGUAAAACUCUAAUAACAUGGGCAAGACCAACCAGGUCAACGCAAACGUCGUCCAAUAGUUGACUUUCCAGAUUAUGAGGAUAACUGAAUCUGGCAAUUUAAACCAUAUGAGUUCCAGAGUGCUAUUAUGACUUAUAUAAUCCAAUGGAAGCAAGAAUAUGAUUGACAUGGGGAUAAACACUGCUAGUGUAAUGGUCUUUGUUUCCGGAGCUAAUGGCUACAUCGCUCAACACGUAGUUAAACAAUUACUCGCCAAGGGGUAUACUGUUGUUGGAUCAGUCAGAUCAGAAUCCAAAGGAGAUGAAUUAAAAUUGUUAAUUCAAAACGAAAAGUUUUCUUAUGAAGUGAUUCCUACCCUUUCUGACAAAAAUGCAUUUGAUGCUGCACUUAAGAAACAUCCCGAAGUUACUGUGUUCUUACAUACCGCCUCCCCUGUUUCAUUUGCAAUUGAAGAUGUUGAAAAUGAUUUAGUUAAACCGGCAAUUGAAGGUACACUCAAUGCUCUUAGAUCUAUUAAGGAGCAUGCACCCCAAAUUACCAGAGUAGUUAUUACUUCAUCUGCAGUGGCAAUGUGGGGAUUUGGAUCUCACUUUGAUGGUAACAAAGUCCACGAUGAACUCGACUGGAGCCCAAUUACUUAUGAAGAAGGAUUAGCUGGUGCCUCCUUUGGAUACAAGAGUUCCAAAAAGUAUGCUGAAUUGGCUGCACAUGAUUUUAUGACCAAGGAAAAACCAAAUUUUGCAAUCACUUAUGUUCAUCCAACUUAUACUUUUGGCCCCCAGGCUUACGUUGUUAAGGAUAAGAAAAACUUAAACCUCUCUAAUGAAAUUGUUAAUCAAGUAAUUAAGUUAGGUAAAGAUGACGAGAUUCCUGAACAUGGAAACGUGUUUGCUGAUGUAAGAGACGUGGCUCAAGCCCAUAUAGUUGCAUUUGAAAGUGAUGAAGCUAUUGGACAAAGAUUGUUGCUUGCUUCGGGAGAUUUCACUCUUGAUUCAGUGGCUGAGAUUAUUAAUAGAAGAUUCCCACAUUCUAAUGUUCCCAGAGGUGACGUUUCUAGGAAUGAGGAGAUUAAAAAGAAGAUGAUCCAUAAAUAUGAUAAUUCAAAAACAAGAAAAAUUCUUGGGUUUGAGUUUAAAACUCUUGAAGAGUCUAUUUAUGAUAUGGUAGAACAGUUGGACAAUGCUUAGACUUGUGUAAUCCGUAUAUUCGAAUCUCAUAUGCCCGAAAUGUUCAUGUGUAA